GCCGGUGUAUGAACAAAUAGGACCCGGGAUCUAUUUGUCAGCAUACCUUCAGUCUGUGCCCGUACUCAUAUUGACAGGACGAUGCCGAUCAACCCACCUUGAUACGGAUACCUAUAUUCUAAAGACCGUGAGCGAUACCGGUAUUUACAUUUGAUAACACAAGGAUUAGUGAUAAUAAAUGUUUAUUCAUAAUAUCCAUAAAUAAUAAUAAAUAUAUAAUUAAUAAUUAUAAUACAUAUUCUGUCACGUAAUAAAAAUUUACAAAUUGACAAGCAGUUUUCCAGUUUCCACAAUUCACGAAGAUAAAUUAAAAUCUUUAUGUGUUACAAAAUAAAAUCUAAAACAUUCAAGUUGUAACCAUAAUUUAAAUUUGUAUUUGUACAAUAAUAUUAUUGGACUGAAGGAUUGUUUGAUUGAGUAUUGUGAACAUUUAGUUGUGUAUUUAAAACAACUAAAUUAAUUAAAAAUAGAUACACACAUAUACACGAGUGUAAAUAAAUCCAUGAAGUGUAAAAAAUAAAAACAAAUUUUUAUUUAAGUCAUCACCAUGAAACCGGGGUUUACUACAAUUUUGACUGUUUUGUUUGUGACAUACUUGUGUAAUCUCUUCUACUCGAUAUGGAUAAUGGUACAACCGCCAUCGUGUACUAGUGAAGGUCUAUGUUUGAAAUCAUUUUUGUUACGAAAACCGAAUUUAGAACUUACCAUAUUUGUUGCAUCACGUUCAAACCCCAGAGGAUCAGAAGUUAUAUUUGUAGACAAAUUCCUGUUACCAAAUUACAAUGAUUCAUAUGAAAGAUUGAUGGCUGUAGAACUACCAAGGCUAACCAAACAAAAUGGAACAUUAUAUGCACAUGUGUUCUUAAGUAAAGCUCAAGAAACACUAUAUUCUGGGGAUAAAUGGACCAAAUUAUUAACCGAUCCUGAGACUGUAUAUACCUUAGUUCCAAUGUCUAUUUACAAAGAACCUGAAUAUAAAAUUUUUCAAUUAUUACAUGAAGGGGAAAACAUAAAAAAGAAUGUUGAAAAACCAGUGACACAUAUAAAAGUUGUAUUACCAGUUAGCAUGUUAAAGGAACCAUUACAUUUUUCUCAGAUUCAUAUGCCUAGCGAUGUUUAUCAAUAUAUAAGAUUAUAUAAAAAAAACCAAGAGUAUUUACCUAUAUUCUUACAUAAUACUCUUCAAGAUAGAUCUUUCAAUAUUACAAAAAUUGAUAAAAAUACCACACAUGUACCUAUUUUAUUACGUUAUGAACCUUUAAGUUACACUGGUCUAAGAAUAUUAACACAAACUCAAUUAGCUAUGGUAACAUUGCAACAAUUUGGAUUCAAAAGCAAAGAUAUUGAUGAGAUUAAAGCUAUUUUUGAUACUAAUCAUUAUUUGUUAUUAGUUUCAAUCAUUGUUGCAUUUGUUCACAUAUUAUUUGAUUUCUUAGCCUUUAAAAAUGACAUAUCAUUUUGGAGAUCAAGAAAAUCUAUGGCUGGGUUAUCAUCGCGUCUUGUUGUUUGGCGUGCUUUUAGUCAAACUGUUGUAUUACUUUAUUUAUUUGAGGAAAAAGCUUCAAUGUUGAUCAUUGUACCAAGUGCAAUCAGUUCUGUAAUAGAGAUCUGGAAAGUGUUUAAAAUCAUACCAAUAGAUUGGAAAAAUCUAAAACUAAAACAAUUGACCUUAAAUCGUGCCGAGGAAGAUACUAAAAAGUUUGAUGCUGAAUCCAUGAAAUAUCUGUCCUAUGUUUUAUAUCCUUUAUGUGCUGGUGCUGCUAUUUAUUCACUUAUCUAUGAACCACAAAAAAGCUGGUAUUCUUGGAGUAUCAAAAGUCUUGUCAAUGGAGUCUAUGCGUUUGGUUUUCUUUUCAUGUUACCUCAACUUUUUAUCAACUAUAGACUUAAAUCAGUUGCUAAUCUUCCAUGGAAAACAUUUAUGUAUAAGGCAUUUAACACUUUCAUUGAUGACUUGUUUGCAUUUAUCAUUCCAAUGCCUACUGCCCAUAGAUUAGCCUGUUUCAGGGAUGAUAUAGUUUUUCUCAUUUAUAUAUAUCAAAGAUGGUUGUAUCCCGUGGAUCAAAGUAGAUUUGAUGAAGAUGUUGAAGUACUUGAACUGCCUUCUGAAGAAUUAAAAACAAAAACUGAUUAAUUUGUUGAUCAGAAUAUUUUCAUAUUAACAUUAUUAUGUUAUAAGAAAUAGUUGUACUAUCUCCUAAUAUGCAGACUACUGAAAAAAUAUGCUGUGUACCAAAAUGGACGUGGUCUACCAUAAUAAUAUUAAAAGUAUGAAUAAAAAAACAUUCUUUAGUGAUUUUACAUGCAAUUAGGAUGUUAAAAAGAAAGUGUGGUUUGGGGAGGCACGGUUUUAUGCACAAUAUGCAGAAUAUACUGAGCGUAUGUAACGGCCAUAGUUAUUAGCUCCCGGGUAAGUGACCACCUGAGAUUUUUAGCAACAUAUACAACCCUACCAUAUCACCACACACCCUAUAUUGCUGUGGUUCUCCGUAAAAAAAAAAAAAGAAAGAAAG